CAGUUGGCAACCGCUCUGGUUCAGAUCAUCUGAAAUGAAGCCAUACACAGCCCAAGGACACGCCCACGUCUGCGUGGGAACGCAUACUGAGAGCUUCCUGUUGCCUGGGAAACGCAUUAAAUGUGCUACAGAGACACAGACUUGUAUCCAACAUUUCACAGCGAAAGAAUGGGUGGGAUCCAAGGAAUCAAAGCAGUAGAUGGACGACCAGGAGCACCCCCAAGUUAUCUUCAGGAAACAGAGCGACAAAACGCAAAGAGACAGGAUUUCUCCAUGUUCCUCAGACACUGGACUCGAACUCCUGGACUCAAAUUGGAACUGGGCUCAAACUCCUGCACUCCCGCCUCAGCCUCCCAAAGUGCUGGGAUUCCAGGCGCCCGGCCUCUGGGCCCUUUUCUUACAGGGAGUGGAGAGCUGGCCCGGGUGGGGAGUAAGACAAGCUGCCACCUAGCCAGGGCGUGCCUGGCUGCUGUGCCUGAAGAGCCCACCGUGGCUUCUCUCCACGCUGGUCGGGCCGCAGCCCAGGGACUGGCCAGAGAGGAAGAGCCGGAUCCCAGAGGAAGGAUUGAAAUCUCUUCGAAGCCAGACACAGCAUCCUGUGCUGUGGGAAUGAAAUCCAUGCUGUGCGCACAAAGCCAGAAGCACGACCACUCUUCACCCUUGGCCUCAUUACAAGACCAAAAUCUCUGCCUCGGCGCGGGAGCUCUCACCUGUAAUCCCAGCCCUCUGGGAGGCCAAAGCAGACGGAUCACCUGAGGUCAGGAGUUUGAGACCAGCCUGGCCAACAUGGUGAAGCCCCGUCUCUACUAAAAAUACAAAAAUUAGCCAGGUGUGGUGGUGCGCACCUGUAAUCCCAGCUACUCGGGAGGCUGAGGCAGGAGAAUCGCUUGAACCCAGGAGGCGGAGGUUGCGGUGAGUCGAGAUUGCACCACUGCACUCCAGCCUGGGCAACAAGAAUGAAACUCUGUCUCAAAAACAAACAAACAAACAAAACAAAACAAAACAAAAAAAUAACAAAAAACCCAGCAACCUUCUUUCUUUUCUUUCUUUCUUUUUUUUUUUGAGAUGGAGUUUACUCUGCCACC